AUGAGACAGUGAGACACCCUAUUCCCUUGUCACUCCCAACAAUCGAAUAAAUUGAAUUCUAACAUUCAAUUAAAAAUUCAGUCCUCUCCAUGAAGGGAUAAACAACGAGGUCAUCGAAAUGGCAUUUCUCGAGUGGAGAAGGUUCAACUUUUUCGAUUUGAAAAAGGAAGUCGAUGGGGGAAAAAUCGCAGAAGCUUUGGGGAGUGCUCGAGUGAAUGCUUCCACCAGUGGCAAUGGCAACCUCAUAUUUGGCGAUGAUACCGGGAACAUUCAUGUCGUUAAAAGAACCUAUCAAGUUUCCACAUUCCGAGGCUACGAGAUAACCCUCUCCCUCGCCGAACAAGUGGAGCACUCAACCUAUCUAUUCACAAUCGGCGAGGACGAUCCGGGAUGCAAUCCCACAAUAAAAGUCUGGAACUUUGCAAAACUCGACAAACAAGAGAACCCCACAUGCGUGAGAAUCACUCGAGCAAUUCCCAGUUUCCGGCCGGUUCCAGCAACCGCCUUAUGCGUUCACCAGAGUCUAACUCUGAUGGCUGUUGGUUUCACCGAUGGUUCUAUAAUGCUGUACCGUGGUGAUCUGACACGUGAAAGAAAAAACAAGAUAAAAAUCCUGAAAGACAGUACAGCCCCAAUAACCGGUUUACAAAUCCGUUCAACAGGCAAGCAGAAUCACCUCUUCGUGGCAACAACCAUGAACGUUUACCUCUACAACAUAACAGUAAAGGAUAAGGAAGUCAAGACAGUCCUGGACAACAUGGGCUGUGCAGACAGGUGCAGUGUCCUAGCAGAGACGAGCCAAGACAGUCAUUUUAUGAUAGGAAGGACUGAUGCGGUAUAUUGUUACACUCUAGAUGGCAGAGGUCCUUGCUACGCCAUCGAAGGUCAAAAGGCGAUGCUGGAUUGGUUCCGAGGAUAUCUGGUAAUAAUCGCGAAGGAAUCCGGAAACGUACCUCGCUCGACAACAGUCUCUUCGAAGCCAUCGGCAAUCGAGCCGAUUCCCCCGGGGGCUGAUAAACACAUGAUAACUGUUCUCGAUAUACAAAACAAGUUCAUUGUCUUUUCUGCAUCGAUGCUGUCGAUCCAGGCAAUCCUCUCUGAGUGGGGCGGCUUCUUCAUCCUCUCUGGUGAUUCCAAGCUUUAUCACCUAGAUGAGAAGGAUCUCCAGUCGAAACUGGCUCUCCUCUUCAAGAAGAACUUGUACGACGUAUCAAUCAGAAUCGCCAAGAGCCAGCAGUACGACACCGAAGGCUUGGUCGAUAUAUUCCGACAGUACGGGGAUCAUCUGUACUCCAAGGGAGAUCACAACGGUGCAAUAGAGCAAUACAUCCGGACAAUAGGAAAAUUGGAGCCGUCGUAUGUAAUCAGGAAAUUCUUGGAUUCACAACACAUUGAUAAUUUAACGACGUACCUUCAGGCGCUUCACAAGGAGUCCCAGGCCACUGAAGAUCACACAACUCUACUUCUCAAUUGUUAUACUAAACUCAAUCACACGGAUAAACUCAAAGAAUUCAUCAUGACGAAGGAUCGCGAGGUGGAUUUCGACGUAGAGAUUGCUAUAAAAGUGUGUCGUCAAGCCUCACCUGAGGACGCUCUUCUUCUCGCCAAGAAGCAUAAGAAACAUGAGUGGUAUCUUAGAAUUCAGAUUGAGGACAAGAAUGAAUACAAGACAGCACUGGAGUACAUGGAGACACUGAACUUUGAGGAAGCUGAUGACAAUAUGAAGAAAUAUGGUAGUGUUCUGAUUACUAAUGUUCCGAGUGAGGCCACGCAGUUCCUCAAGAAGCUGUGCACGAAUUAUCGAGCUGUCGAUAAGCCACUGAUUGAUGAGAAUGUUCUUGAUGGAACGAAUGAGGAGAUCGUUGAGAGGUCGAAUCCUGAGGACUUUAUUCAUCUUUUCUUGAACAAUUCUGAGAGGCUUGUGGAGUUUCUGGAGCACCUCGUGAAAACUGACACCAAGUGGAGUACAAUGGUUUAUAAUACCCUGGUGGAACACUAUCUGCACGUUUGGGGGGCACAGUCCAGUGAAGUCAUGAGGGUGCAGUACGAGCAGAAGGUCAUCAGAUUGCUGCAAAGCUCGGAGGCAUGUUUCGAUAGAGAUCAGAUUCUCGUGCUGUGUCAUCAGCACAAUUUCAGGAAAGGAGUGCUAUUUCUCUACGAGGAGAGAAAACUCUACCAGGAAAUACUGCAAUUUCACCUGAGGGAGAGGGACGACGAGAAUGUCCUGGGGACGUGCAAGAGAUUUGGACAUCAGGAUCCAAAUCUGUGGAUUCAAGCCCUGUGGUGUGUUGCCAGGGAUAAUAACUCCAGUCCAAAACUCCUGGCGGAUAUCCUGGGGGUCAUCUCCAAGGAGAAGCUUCUGCCACCUUUAAUGGUGAUCGAUGCACUCUCCACGUCAUUGAAUUGCAGUCUUGGAGACGUCAGGGAGUACUUGGACGCGGUUUUGAAAGCCGAGGAGGAGCAGACGAAGCAGGACGCUGAGUUGGUGGAGAAGUACAGGAAGGACACGAAAAAGCUGAGGGAGCAGAUCGACUGGAUCAAGGGAAGUACUAAUAUUUUCCAAGGGAACAGGUGCUCCGCUUGUCAUCACCAGUUGGAGCUACCCUCUGUGCACUUUAUGUGUCAACAUUCUUAUCAUCAGCACUGCUUCCAAAGUUUCUCAGAGAAUGAGAACGAGUGUCCUGCAUGUUUGCCGAAGAAUAAGCAGCUGUUAGACAGGAUCAGGGCGCAGGAGCAAUCACAGGAUCUUCAUGAGACUUUUCACAGUCUGCUGGAUAGAGCUGAGGAUCCAUUUUCACUGGUUGCAGAUUAUUUUGGUCGUGGGGUAUUCAAGAAACUCAUGAUCAUCACUGAUGCCGACAGACCUGUGGUUCAGACUCCUGUCAUUACUCCAGUGGCUAGACCCCAGGAAAAGAUCAAUUACAAUGCCUAUGGCCCUGGGGCCGAGGCCAAAAUAAGACUGACUGAGGGAAAAAAUACAAGUCUAAUUAAGAAUGAAACUCGCAGGCUCGAUCCCUUCGGAGAAGAUCGAAAAAAUCAGAAGCCAGAAGUUUAUUCCACAUCUUUAGAAGCUAAUGUAUCUGCAAGUCCUCGUUCGAGCAAGAAAUCUUCUCCUGUCGCCAUCCGGGAAGCCAGGAUUGUUAAUAAUCAGAGUCCCAGGGCAUCUCCCGGGGCCAAGGCCUUCGUCCCACCAAAAACUCCGAUUGUACCUGCGAAUCCUUUCGCGGAGAGUGAUUACGAUGAGAAGAAGAAUCCCUUCGCCGAAGAGGGCACCAAUCCUUUCGAUGGGGAUGAGGAUGAUAACACUGGGUUCGAGGAUGACUAUAACAAGAACUUGAAUCCCUUCGCUAGUUAAUUAGGCCGCCAUUGUGAAAACUUUUUUCGUUUUUCAGCUGUGAAUGAACUUCUUCCUUGAGAAAGUGUAAAUAUUUGAGGCACUGUCGUGUAAGUCAUUAGAUAGAUUUAUUAUUCAAUUCGUAUGCAAAUGUAUGGACAAUGUACAGUUUGAGAAAUAUAAUGAAUGUAUAGGAA